CAAGAAGGAGGAAUGCAGAGUGGGAGUUUUCGAGUUCCUUUGAUUUAUCUCCCUGUCACAUACCAAUAAAAUAUUUUCGCGAGUGAUAUAAAUUGAAAGGGAACAUCAUCUGCCGCGAACGCAGGCUGGCUACCAAUCAGCUUCUAUCAAUUGGACAUAUUACAGUAUAAAUACAAUUACAAGAAAGAAAAAUAGGCAUAGAUAUCGAUUGCCUGACGGUGUGAUUCUUUGUCUUGUUUGUAUGCGACACGAAUAAUGGAAACAGUACUGGAGAAAAUAAAAGACUCGCAGAAAAAUGCAUCUGACAAAUUUCAACCAUCAGGGCUAUUGCUACAGCCGCUUUGGGAUUUAAGGAUCGGAUACGAAUGGUAUCUGACCUCUCCGAUUUUCCCGGUGAUACUGUCAGUCACAUUCUACUUCUGUGUGACAUUUCCCUGGACAAUAUUCGACAUAUACGGCCAGGACUGGAAGUGGAUCCAGAAAUUUAAGAUUCAACCAACCAAGUCGGUCACGUGGCCAUUGGUGAAGCAAGCUGUUUGGGUGACGUUCUGGAAUCACAUGAUCUUCAUUCUUCCAAUAUCCGUGGCCCAAUGGAUCUGGCAGCCAGCAACCGAUUUUCCUUCCGAGGCUCCAACCGUCUGGGAAUUUUUCUGGCACCAGUACGCAUCACUGAUGAUAUUUGAUUUCGAAUACUUCGUCUGGCAUUCCGUUCAUCAUAAGAUCCGGCCGUUGUACCGCUGGGUACACUCUAUCCACCACCAAUACCACAGUCCGUUCUCUUGGGUUACCCAAUACUUGCAUCCAUGGGAGCUGAUCUCAGUGGGAGUGUUCACAACGACGUCCCCAUGGAUCUUCAAGGCCCAUCCUCUUACCUGGUGGAGCUUCAUGCUCGUCAGUAUCAUUGUGUCUGUGGAGGCGCAUAUCGGCUACGACUUCUGGUUUAUGCCGCACCAUUGGUUCUACGGCUGGGGCGGUUCAAUCAAGCAUGACAUGCACCACCAGCGCCCGCUGACCAACUUUGCGCCGUUCUACACACACUGGGAUUGGGUAUUUGGGACAAACUGCCCUGGUCUACUAGCAGGCGGAGAGAAGUCAACAUUCUUAAUGGACUAUGACAAGAAACGACGUGAGAAGAGGUUCGAGAAGGUAAAAGCAAAGGAGGCUUUUCUACUGGAUGAAAAAGCUCUGCACCACAAGAGACUAGAUUAGGCAUAAAAUACUGCAUGUAGAGUAAGAAUUACAAUAUUGGUAAACCUCAGUUGAAUAAGGAACUUUUCAAUUUGAUUAAACAAUUUAAAUUUCAAUCGCACAUAUUGGUAAACACACACUUGUCAUAUAUAGAGUCCAUCAUUUUUUGGUCUCAGAUAAAUAUGGAAUGAUAAUUUACAGUUUACGUAUUUUUAACACCGAGACAGAUGUUUCGAGAUGUAAUCAAUUUGUCAGAUGGUACAACGCUUGAGAAUUACGUUUACUCCUGAUUCUUGCUUGAUUUGCAAUAUGAAUAUUAAAUUCAGGCCGCUUUGUAGAAAAGCUGCAAAAGAGAAAUUACGACACCUUUUGUUCCAAAAAGGCGAAUGUUUCCAAAGGUAACAAUUAAUGAACGAUUUUUGAAUUACAAAAGCAAACUGAGAAACUUAUGAAAUGACAUUUCAUAAGACCCGGGAUUUAGAAUCACAAAGGCUAAACUUAUAUUAACCACUACGGUUGUACUUGUAUUUUUUAAGUCAAUUGUAAAAUUCAAUGGGCUUUUUAGGAAGCCCAUGAUAUUUCUUUCAUUCCCUAGACUGGCUAGCAGGUGAAAAGUUCAAAUUAUCAAUUUAUACCCGAUUGUACUUUAGUGAUCAC